AACAGAAGAAAAAAAAGAAGGGUUCAAGACUUCAACUCCAAUUCCACAACAAGAAUAUGCGAACCAAACCGUAGAGAAUCUGAGCUCUCUCUUUUCCUUUUUCUCUUACAAAAGGGUUUCCCAUUUGGCACACAAACCCACAUAUACUCGGAUUAAUCUUCUACCUGUCCAGUUCCAAAUCUUCUUCAAUCUCCUCCCUUUUCUCUAUUUUAAUUUUGUAAAUUAUAUAUUUUUUAUUUUUUAUUUUCCCCCAAAUUUUUAUUUCCCAUAUAAAAUAGCUUAUAUUUAUUCAGAACACAAAUUUUUCUGGGCUUUCAUUAGCUUUCACACUUAAGGGGUUUCGAUUUUUUCAAUUUCUAGGGUUAGGGUUUUCGUUUCAUUUGUCUUCGUGAUCGAUCGGUCGAUUGGGUAGGAGAGAAUUAUGGGUGCAGAGGGCGAUUCGAGCGAACCUAAAGUCAGUGGAGAUGGAGGAGGAGAGCAGAUUAAUAUUCGAUGCUCCAAUGGGUCGAAGUUUUCGGUGAGGGCGAGCCUGGACUCGACUGUUGGGGAUUUCAAGGCAAUUUUGGCUCAGAAUUGCGAUAUUCCAGCUGAGCAGCAAAGGCUGAUUUACAAAGGUCGUAUUUUGAAGGACGACCAGACCCUGACUAGUUAUGGUCUGCAGGCAGAUCAUACUGUUCAUAUGGUACGUGCCUUUGCUGCAGCUGCCUCAACCCCUGCUGCUCCUGCUGCUAAUGCUACUUCUGCAAGUCCUAACACUGCACCGGGUGUUACACGUGGGGUUGGCUCCACUGAACGCGAUGGGCUUCAAAGUCCCGACCUUGGGGCAUCUUUGUUAUUUGGGCAGGGUUUAAACCCACUUGGUGGUGGUGGAGGAGCACCUGGUUUAUUUGGAGCUGGGCUUCCGGAAUUUGAACAAGUGCAGCAACAACUGACUCAGAAUCCGAACAUGAUGAGGGACAUAAUGAACAUGCCUGCCAUUCAAAGUCUAAUGAAUAACCCUGAUUUGAUGCGAGGCUUGAUCAUGAACAAUCCGCAAAUGCGUGAUAUCAUUGACCGGAACCCAGAGCUUGCACAUAUACUUAAUGAUCCUGGCAUUCUCCGACAGACAUUAGAAGCUGCAAGGAACCCAGAACUCAUGCGUGAGAUGAUGCGAAACACUGACAGGGCAAUGAGUAAUAUUGAAUCUUCACCUGAGGGAUUCAACAUGCUAAGGCGGAUGUAUGAAAAUGUUCAGGAGCCAUUUUUGAAUGCUACGACAAUGACCGGGAAUGCUGGAAAUGAUUUGGGUUCAAAUCCAUUUUCUGCUCUUUUGGGCAACCAGGGUGGGGCACAAGUCAGGGAUGGGUCUAACAACCCUUCAACCACUGGUUCAGAAACGACUGCAGGCUCUGUUGCUCCGAAUACAAACCCACUUCCUAACCCGUGGGGCAAUACUGGUGCAGGAAAUCAACCAAACACCACCAGGCCACCUCCUGCUGGGGAUGGAAGGGCACCUGGUAUUGCUGGCCUUGGAGGGCUUGGUCUCCCCGGAAUGGAACAGAUGCUUGGUGGCAUGCCAGAUGCUAAUGUAAUGAAUCAGCUUUUGCAGAAUCCAGCAAUAUCCCAGAUGAUGCAAAGCAUGCUCUCGAAUCCCCAGUACAUGAAUCAGAUUAUGAGCCUCAAUCCACAACUACGCGGCAUGGUUGAUUUAAAUCCUCAACUUAGAGAAAUGAUGCAAAAUCCGGAGCUCUUACGUCAGUUAACAAACCCAGAGACAAUGCAGCAAAUGGUUGCUUUACAGCAGUCACUAUUUUCUCAGACCAAUCGACAGCAAUCAACUCAGGAUCCAGCUCAGACUGGUGGUGUUACAGGAGGCCCUAAUAAUGCUGCUGGGUUGGAUAUGCUGAUGAACAUGUUUGGUGGUCUUGGAACUGGCAGCUUGGCUGCUGCAAACAACCCUAAUGUACCACCUGAGGAACUGUAUGCGACGCAGCUGACGCAGCUUCAAGAGAUGGGUUUCUUUGACACCCAAGAGAAUAUCAGGGCAUUGCAAGCCACUUCCGGGAACGUCCAUGCUGCGGUAGAGCGACUUUUAGGGAAUCCCGGGGCGUAACUUCACUUGGUUUUCAUGUUUUUAUAUUAUUCAAUUGGGAAUUUUUCUUGUGGACGUGUAAAAUUAGUAAUUUGGAGUAAAGUCUUCUGAAAGACACGAGACAUACAGGCACUUGUAGAUUCCAUUUUGGGGGUGUGAAUAAGCAAAGAACGCACAAUCUGAUAGAGCUAUGAACUUUGUGGCUAAGCUUA